UAAAUAUAGAGAUCGAAGUAUUUGAGUAGUGUACAGUUAAAUUGUAAUCAACAGACGUUGGCAAAACACUAAUCAAACAGUUCCCUAAACAAGAACAUGCAGUCAAUGAAAAUGGUUAUUGUCGGAGACGGCGGAGUGGGCAAGAGUUGUCUGCUCAUUUCCUACACGUCUGGGAGUUUCCCAGGGGAUUACGUACCAACAGUGUUUGACAACUACUCUUCGACUAUCAUGAUGGACGGAAACGUAUACAGUGUUGGAUUCUUUGACACUGCCGGACAGGAAGACUACGACCGACUGCGCCCUCUAUCGUACCCACAGACAGACGUGUUCCUUGUGUGUUUCGCUGUCAAUUCUCGCACAUCGUUUGAAAAUGUCUGCAGCAAAUGGAUACCGGAAAUAACUCACCAUGCACCCGGGGUUCCCAAAGUCCUCGUUGGAUGCAAAUCAGACUUGCUGCCACAUACAGAGAAUUCGAGAUAUGUGAAGUUCGAGGAAGCCAGAAAGAUGGCGAAGACGUACUCGAUGAAAUACUUCGAAACAAGCGCCCUCACCCAGAAGGGUUUGAAGACGUGCAUGAACAACGCGAUUUAUGAGGCGGUUAAUAUGAAGCCUAAAAGAUCAAAGUCACUGUUCGGAUCAAGCAAACAGAAAGAUCGUGUUCCACCCCCACCGGAGAUGCCUCCAGCUGGAAAAGCGCCAUGGAUUGAAAUUGAAACCUCCGUGUUUGCCGACCAAUGGCUGAAGGCGUUGGAAAGCCCUAAAAACGCUGACGUCACAUUUGUUGUGGAUGGAGAUCGCCGAUUGGACGCUCACAAGAUCAUCGUUUGUUCAGCGUCUAAGUUCUUCACCAACGUGCUCGGACUGUCCCGUCAUACAAAGUCCAAUCAGCUUGAGGAUAUCAAAGAAACCCAAUUUACCCCGGAACAGCUCAACUCCGGGCAGGUGGAAGGCAUUGCUGCUGUCUAUACCGCAAAAGACGGACACACCACCGUGGAACUGAGCGCCGACAUAAAGGCAGUGACAUUUGUACACGUGCUGGAGUUCCUGUACACGGGAGUUCCAAAGUUACCCGAAGAUGACGUAGACCAGGUGAAGAUGGCGGCUACCCUAAAAGAGCUGAGAUACGCGGCGCGGGUUUUCAAACUGCCGCAGCUGGAGACGAUUUGCGACAACAUAGUGAGAGAGGAAGAGUUUUUGAACCCGAGUAUCGGAACGUUCCUCAACGACGAGACGGCGGCCAGGAUGAAGCAGUUGUUCUUUAACCAGCCGGAGUACGCUGACGUCGUCUUCUGUGUUGAAGGUCAGCGUGUCUAUGCUCAUAAAGUCGUCCUCUCUGCAAGAUGUCAAGUGAUGGAAGCCAUGUUCGGGAAAAGCUUUAUUGAAGGGAGCAAUGACAAAACACCUCAAGUGAAUGUUGGCGGCACGACAUCCGAAUGCUUCCUCGCUCUGCUGGAGUACCUCUACACCGACCACGCCCCCAUCAGUGAGACGGAUCCCGUAGGCAUUCUGAUCCUAGCAGACGAGUAUGACGUCACGCGACUGGGCAACCUCUGCGAACUGUACAUUACGAAGGAGGUGGAGAAACAGUGCGAGCGGAAUAUAGAGACCUCGGAAAUAGAUGUGAUCGGACUACUUUUUACUGCGCAGAUGUAUAAUGCAAAACAAUUGUCUGACUGGUGUCUGCAGUUUAUUUCAACCAACUAUAUGGCUUUGUCCAAACGGAAAGAGUUCGCAAUGCUCACGGGAGCUAACCGAGUCCACGUGGAAAAAGAAAGAUGGCCGCCAGUAUGGUACAUGGAGGAAAUAAAGGAAUACGAAUUGCGUGUGAAAAAGCAUGGAGAGACAUGCGCUAUAAUGUGACACGUCUGACUGUUGCUGGUGCAGUUGGAAGAUAGACUGGAUGCAGGGACAGAAUCAGGAGGUUUAUAUGCAGGGCCGUACCCAGAGGAGAAGGGGUGGUUGCCUUCCAAGAAAAAAAAAAUUUGAUGACAGAGUUAUGGUCCUUGAAUUUAGGAGAUACGAAAAUGCGUUUGGCCCGCCAGGGGAAAUGUAUUGCUUUACCAGUACUCUCAGAAUGUUGUUAUACUGAUAAUAUAUCCUGACUAGAUACAUUUCAUAUUGUUGGUCAUUGAGCAAAAAUGUAGCUUUUUAUUAAACUACUUUUACACAUGAUCAACAAAUGUAUGUUGUAUUGUACAGUUAUUUUUUCUUUUAAGGGGCGGGACGUAGGCCAGUGGUAAAGCGUUCGCUUGAUGCGCGGUCGGUCUAGGAUCGACCCCAUCGGUGGACCCUUUGUGUUAUUUUUCGUUCCAGCCAGUGC